AUGAGCUUCAGCGACGAAAUCGAGCAAAAACUCAGUGCGACCAUUGACAAGGCAGUGGCUGGCGAAGAUGCCAUUCCAGGCACGACGGUCGUCAUCUUUGCCAAGGAUGGCUCCGAGCUGUUUGUCAAGUCAGCCGGCAAACGCGGAGUUUCGACAAACGAGCCCAUGACUCCGGACAGCAUCUUCUGGCUGGCUUCUUGCACCAAAAUCCUGACCGGCCUGGCCUGCAUGCAACUUGUCGAAAGGGGCGUCUUGAAGCUCGACGAUGCCACUCAAACCGAAGGCUUCUGCCCCGAAUGGCGGGACUUGAAAGUCCUCACACCCACUGGAGAGUUGGUAGAGAAGAAGAACGCCAUCACCCUGCGAAUGUUGUUGACGCACACGGCCGGGUUUGGAUAUUCCUUCUUCAGCGACCGCCUCCGCGACUGGGGAUAUCCAGCUGGCAUCGAGGAGUUCUCCGGCGACAUGGCGGAUAUCAUGCAACCGCUUCUAUUCCAGCCCGGAGAAGGCUGGCAGUACGGAGUAAACAUGGACUGGGCCGGUGUUAUUCUCGAAAGAGCGACCGGAAAGAAACUCAACGAGUACAUACAGGAAAAUAUCUGUAAACCCCUUGGUCUUGAGCAACUCACCAUGUUUCCAACAGAGCAGAUGAAGAAGCAUCUCGUAUACAUGCACCAACGGGCCCCGGAUGGCAAGCUGUCCCGUCGCGACCAUCUCCAGCGCAGAAACUUGACGGCCACGACGGCCGAGCAGCAAAAGGCCAUCUUUAACAGCGGCGGGGCUGGCAUGUUUGCCAAGCCUCAGGAAUACUGUCGUGUUCUGGCCGCUUUGUUGAACGACGGCACUUGCCCGCGAACAGGUGUCAAGAUACUCGAGAAAUCCACCGUGGACGAAAUGUUUACCAACCAGAUUCCACAGUUCCCUCAGUUUGGUCGACAGGGAUUUCCGGCGUCGAAGCCUGAACUGGUGAACCCCGUGACGGACAUUUAUCCCACCCCUGGAAAUCCCCCGCAAGGUUGGGGCUUGACGUUUAUGCUUAAUGGUGGUCCAACGGGCAGAUCUGACACUACGGGCUGGUGGGCGGGUAUCGCAAAUGUGUUUUUUUGGGCUGAUAGGGAGAAUGGGAUCGGUGGCAUGGUUUGCUCGCAGAUUCUUCCAUUUGGGGAUCCUAGAGUACUUGGGCUGUGGGUUGAGUUGGAGAGUCUGGCGUACCAAGGGUUGAAGAUGAUGACGCGAGAAGCGUGA